AUGGCCGGGGCCGCCGCCGCUCUCCGCCUACGGGCGCGGCGACGCGCUCUCAGGCGCGGCAAGGCGCCGAAGCCGUCGAAGCAAAGCCAGGCGCCAAAAGCGCCACCUCCGAAGCGCGUCAAGAAGAGCCGGGCGCCGCCACAGCAAAGCAGCCAAGCCGCGCCGCAGCAAAGCCAAGCGGCGCCGCCCGCGACGCAGAAGCAAAAGCCAUUACAGCUCAUCAACGAACAGCUCAAGCUCGCGAAGCAGGCCGGCGGCACGCCCGCGGUCGCCGAGCGGCUCCGGAAGACGCUGCUGCUCGCGGAGCGCGCGCGCGCGCGCCGCGACUCGCCGCCGCUCGCCGCCGCCGCGCGCGAGGCCGCGCGCGACUACGCGGUCGUGCUCUUCCAGCUCGGCCGGUCCGCGGACGCGGAGGCCGUGCUCCGCGCGAAGUUCCCCGAGGCCCGGUUCCGCCUGAGCGACGAGGUCCUGCGCUACGGCGCCGCGCCCGCGGCGGCGCCGCCCGCGCUCGCGCCCCGCCAGUGCGCGGCCUUCGACGACGCCCUGCCCGGCUGGCUCUUCGACGCGCUCGCGCGCUGCUUCGCCGCGGACGGCGGCUUCUGGCCGGCCCACGGCUACGACGUCGACGGCGGCGGCGCGGGCUUCUUCAGUUACGUGCACUCGAUCGCCGACGACGACUCGGACUCGGACGGCGACGACGAGCCGGCGACGCGCGUCGCCGCGCGCGCGCUCCGCGGCCUCUUCGCCCGGGCCAUGCCCCAGCUCGAGGCCGCCCGCGCCGUCGAGUGGUGGGCCCACUGCCGCCCCCACGGCUGCGGCCACCAGCUCCACUUCGACAGCGCCGACGAGGGCCGCCACGACGGCGAGGGCCCGCGGCACCCCAUCGCGUCCGUCGUCGUCUACCUGACGGAGACGCUCGGCGGGCCGACGCUCGUGACGACGCAGACCAUCGCCGACGCGCGCAUGCCCGUGCGCGACUGCGCCGCGCUCGUUCCGCCGAAGGCGAACCGCUGCGCGGCCUUCGACGGGCGCCUGCUCCACUGCGUCGUGCCCGGCCGCGGCGCCGCGCCGGACCCAUGCGCGCGGCGCGUGACGCUCAUGAUCUCCUACUGGCGGGAGCCCCACGCGGCGCCCGCGGCCGGCGGCGGCGCGCGGGCCGCGAUGCGCUUCCCGCGGCGCGCGCGCGCGCCGCGGUGGGCGCGGCCGUUCUUCGCGGCGGCGCCCGGCGCCGAGGCGCCGCGGAAGCGCAAGCCCGCGGCGCCCGUCGCCGUGGGCCGCCUCUGGACCGCCGUGCCCGACGGCGGCGACGACGGCCGCGCCGCCGUGCCGCUCCCGCCCUACGACGCGUGCUUCCAAUAA